UCCACGGGAAGGGGUGGGACUGAGAAGUGCGCGUUGUGUUCCUUGCUGUGCCUGCUAACGCUGAUUUUGGCAUGGAGGAAAUUUGUGCUAAGUUUGUGUCUCAGAAAAUUAGCAAAACCCGCUGGCGACCGGUACCUUUGGGGAGCCUGCAGACCGCGGAAACGUUCGCUACGGGCUCUUGGGACAAUGAGGAAAAUCAUGUUUCAUUGUGGUCUAUUGGUGAUUUUGGAAACUUGGACUCUGAUGGAGGGUUCGAAGGAGACCAUCAAUUAUUGUGUGAUAUCGGACACCAUGGUGAUGUAAUGGAUUUACAGUUUUUUGAUCAGGAAAGAAUUGUAGCUGCUUCAUCAACAGGAUAUGUAACAAUUUUCCUUCACCAUCCAAAUAACCAGACUCUGUCAGUCAACCAACAGUGGACAACAGCUCACUACCACACAGGUCCAGGCAGUCCUUCCUAUAGCAGUGCACCAUGUACAGGUAUUGUGUGCAACAACCCAGAAAUUGUCACAGUUGGGGAAGAUGGUCGAAUAAAUCUCUUCAGAGCUGAUCACAAGGAAGCUGUGAGAACUAUAGACAAUGCGGACAGCAGUACACUCCAUGCUGUGACCUUCCUUCGAACUCCUGAGAUUCUUACGGUGAAUUCAAUUGGACAGUUAAAAAUAUGGGAUUUCAGACAACAAGGAAAUGAGCCUUCUCAGAUAUUGUCACUGACUGGUGACCGAGUGCCACUCCACUGUGUUGAUAGACAUCCCAAUCAACAGCAUGUUGUAGCUACUGGUGGCCAGGAUGGAAUGUUGAGUAUUUGGGAUGUUAGACAAGGUACUAUGCCCGUGUCUCUACUGAAGGCUCAUGAAGCUGAAAUGUGGGAAGUUCACUUUCACCCAUCCAACCCAGAUCAUCUAUUUACUUGUUCUGAAGAUGGGUCCCUCUGGCACUGGGAUGCCUCCACAGAUGUACCUGAAAAGUCAUCACUCUUUCACCAAGGAGGAAGAACUAGUACUUUUUUGUCUCAUAGCAUUAGUAACCAAGCUAAUGUUCACCAGUCUCUCAUAAGUUCCUGGCUCACUGAUCCUGCUAAAGACCGUAUUGAAAUCACAAGCUUACUUCCCAAUAGGACUCUGUCUGUGAACAGUUUGGAUGUUUUAGGUCCUUGUCUUGUUUGUGGAACUGAUGCAGAAGCAAUUUAUGUCACUAGACAACUCUUUUCAUGAAAGUACUGUAAUUAUAAGAUUUCAGAUAAAACAUAAAAUUGGCCUUUUGAAUUCCAGCUUCUGUGCAAAAUUUUAUUAUCAGAAAAUGUGAGAUUUGCUGGGGAAAAAUUAGUAAACUACUGUUAAUGUCAAUGCCCAUUUUCAGCUUUUGUUAGUUACAUUGUGUGAUAUUCCCUAACAGUUGCAGAAUAUAAUGCAUGAUUGAUGG